AAGCCUUUUAAGGUUACAUACUUGCGUGGCAGAUUGAUGAGAACCCACUGUAACACACACCUCAAAGUUCUUACUAAUUAGGGACGUUGCUAAUACCAGAUAUCAACACUAAAAUCUACUAUUAAUCCCUUCCCCACAACAUCAACAACUCCAGGGCUACAGUGCAACAUUGGCAACAUUGCUUCCAUGGAUAGCAUCUAUUAUACCUACCUACCUAUUAGAGCAGUUGUACAUCUUUCCUGCCUUGACGAUCGCGCAUCUACUACCUACUUGCUUUGUUGCUGCAUUAGAUAGGCAACAAACUCUCAAGUGCUCUUUGGGGUUUGUUUUGUUCUUUUUAUUUUCCCUUCUUCUUGAAUCUCAUCACACGAUCGAAUCAUAUGGGAAAUCCGAGAGGCGAAGUGCAUUGCAUUUUGCUGGCCGCCUAAUUGGCGACGCACUCUAUGAUACCAUCACAACCACCUAUUAGACCAACUUUAGAACGCUGCCUUUUUCAACCACGUUUGGUAGUUGGUAGCUGGUAACUAAUCACUAGUUGCCUGUCCUGUCGCUUGUCGCUUGUCGCUUGUCGCAUAUUACCUUUCGCUUGUCGCCUUACGUACAUCCGUACUUGCUAAAGCCCCCGUCGUAUAACAGGUGAUCACCCAGACUUCAAUUCAUUACGACCAACGUAUCGUCCCCAAGCCUCCCAAGCCUCCCCCUCCCCCCGAGGUGACCGCAAGUAACCCUACCGAAUAAUGGAUCCUUUCUCUCCCACCCAGGAACCCGACGAGGGUUAUUCCGAACACCCUCUAAAUCCAUCCGACUCCGCUGGCCUUGUGAACAACACGUCGCUGUCGGCAAAGCGAUCACCUGCCGAUAUACCGGCAUGGUUAUCGGCUCAAUUACCCACAUUGUCGGUGCAUCAAAGGACUCGUCUUGCCAUGCUUAUUCUGGACGGUCUACCCACCACUGUGGUUGCCGAUAUCGUCAUGAACGAACUGAAUCCCCGCCUCUAUAUCGAUUUUGUCAACUGGUUACCAGCUGAGAUAUGCCUCAAGAUCCUCGGCUUUCUAGAUCCCGUAUCUCUAGUCCACGUUGCAACCUGUUGUCGAAACUGGUAUGAACUUGCCGUGGAUCGCAAACUUUGGGAGGACUUGUUCUAUCUCGAAGGCUGGAAGGCUAUACCUUACGAGAUCCUGGCUGCCGAGCAACGCAUGAACAACAUCCUCGUUUCCUCUCAAAUUCGAGCUCAAUCAUCCGAAGAUGGCCAUGUUAGUAAGAAGCGGGCCGUUUCGGACCCGGCAUCUCAAGUUGACGAGGAUUACGAAAUGGUAGAUGCCGAUGCACCCGCAACACAGCAACAACAUCUACCUAGCAUAUUCAACUCCGGUUCGUUUGGUCCCAAUCAGCAGGGAGGAAGUGGCUCGUCCGCGCAGAGUAAUACUAGCGUCACCCAGCAUAUGGGUACCUUGAUGAUGAAAUCACCCAGCCCCAUUCAAGACUCGAGGGGAAUGUCCAAGGGAAAGGGCAAGGCUACUGCCGAGUCUCUGAAUCCUGCGCACUCGCUCAUCGAGACCACCAAUGCUCACCGCCUACCCAAGUCUUCGCUUUGGAAUUACCAUGAGAUGGAAAGAAAGUACAAAAUCAAUUGGAAGCAUAUGUAUACGAUGAGACGAAGAUUGGAGCGCAAUUGGGACCGUGGCCGAUUCACGAAUUUCCAGUUACCCCAUCCAGAUCACCUAGAAGAGGGUCACAACGAAUGCAUCUAUAGCCUUCAGUAUAAUUCCGAGUAUUUGGUUAGCGGUAGUCGAGAUCGGACACUCCGAGUGUGGAAUCUACGCACCCGACGCCUCGUACGGCCACCUUUGAGAGGCCACCAGGGAUCGGUCCUCUGCUUACAGUUCGAUUCGGACCCUGAAGGAGAUUUGAUUGUCUCCGGAAGCAGCGAUUCAGAUGUCAUUCUGUGGAAGUUCUCAACGGGCGAGAUCAUACAGCGGCUUCGAAAAGCUCACAAAGAAUCGGUUCUGAACGUCAAGUUUAACAAACAAAUUCUCGUCACCUGCUCUAAGGACAAGACCAUCAAAAUAUUCAAUCGUGUGCCACUACGACCGGGGGACAUGGGUUACGGCGAUACUCAAGGUGUCAGUCCUGUCCCUAUCAACCUGAGAAACUACGGUUACGACGAUUCACCUGUGAAUCAACUAGCCAUUAAGCCACCGUUCACCAUGAUUGGGUGUCUCGAAGGUCACAAUGCGGCUGUGAACGCCGUUCAGAUUUGUGGCCGUGAAAUUGUGUCGGCCAGUGGAGAUAGGCAUAUUAAAGUGUGGGAUUGGCCGAACCAGAUGUGCUCGCGGACAUUCCUAGGACAUCAUAAAGGUAUCGCUUGUGUUCAAUAUGACGGCCGACGUAUUGUCAGUGGUAGUAGCGACAACGAAGUAAAAGUAUUUGACCGAGAAACGGGCCUUGAGGUCGCGAGUUUGCGAGCACAUGGCAACUUGGUGCGAACUGUACAAGCUGGUUUUGCCGACCUUCCCUAUAGCGCCGAGCAGGACCUCUUGGAAGCAAAAGCCGUCGACCAAGAGUACUUCAGGGCAUUGAAUGCCGGCGAUCUAGAAGAGGUGAAGUCGCAAAGACGUAAACCCCACAAUGCGGGUAGUCGCCGACCCGAAGACAUCACUGCGUAUGGCGCUAAGCUCCCUCCUGGUGGCGGUGGCGGCCCUUAUGGACGAAUCGUGUCGGGCUCCUAUGACCAGACCAUCAUAAUCUGGCGACGAGAUCGAGAGGGAAUCUGGAAGAGUGCGCAUAUCCUUCGUCAGGAGGAAGGGGCUGCUGCUGCUCUGAGACAAGCAUCUUUGAACUCCACUUCGAGGGCAACUCCUGGGCCAUCCACACUAGGAUCAGAAGCUAGGAAUGCACUCUCCAGUCAUGUGCCAACGCCUCCUGCAAAUGCGCCGCCAACGCUGGCGCAAACACACUCGAACUUUACACAUGUUGAGCAUCCUAUUAUCGCUACAAUCACCCCGCAAACCACCCAGUCUUACACCCAGAUGAUCGAUGCGUGUGUGCCGCAAGGACCAGCGGCUCUUCAACAAGCAUUAGCUGCUUAUCCUACCAUGUUAACCUAUCAUUCUCAUAUUCAAGCAGCCAUCGAUCGUGAAGUAAACGCCAUCAUUCGCUCGCAACUGCGGCAAGUCGUUAGCGCUGCUCUAGUCAGAGCACAGCUCGCGCAGAAUCGCAUCAGAGAAUCUGUACAACAGGCACUUUCGGCAACCUCGGGCUCGGCAGAGACAACACCCUCUCAGCCUGCACACAGUUCAACUCAUGCAAAUGCAAAUUCUAGCACCGCUGGUCCGUCCAAUGCUCCUACUACAGGACAUGCCAUGGCUAGCAACGGGGGUGGGCCACCUCCCAGUUUGGCUCAUAUAAUGAAUCCCACUCCGCAACCACAAACCGCAACACCUCAAGCGCAAGUUCCGGCGCCUGCUCAACACCAACAACACCCGCAUAUUCCGCCAGGCGACACUAGCGCUGCUAGGAUUUUCAAGCUGCAAUUCGAUGCACGACGAAUCAUCUGCUGUAGCCAAACAAGUACUAUCGUAGGCUGGGACUUUUGCAACGGUGACCCCGAACUCGAGGAGGCAUCUCCGUUUUUUGGAACGGUGGAGUAGAGAUGCUACAGAUCCAAACGUAAAGUAAUUCUUACCACUGGUGUGCGGAAUAGCCGUGAAAGUACAUAUACUUAUUAGUACACACUAUGUCGACCGUGUUGUUGAUAGCACCAAUAAUUAGAUAGAAGACGUUAAGUGAAUAGAAAAGGAUAUUCCUAG